GGGCCCUAGUGUCGGACGCGGAGCUGGCAGACCUGACUGACGACUCCUUCUUGCUCCGGGCCCGCAACGAAUCGGGCCGGACCUUGGUGGUUUGUGCUGGGAGGACUAGACGAGCUGUGGGCUUCGCGUUCUACGAGUUUUUGCAGCGGCUGGGGUUUGGCUUCUUGCAUCCGCUGAAACCAGUUAUCCCCAAAGCUACGAGGCUCACUUGGCGAUCCCUCCCUCUGGAUGUGCAUGAGACUCCUCGGUGGAGCUUCCGAGGCACUCACUAUCACACCCAACAUCCGCUGGAGCUCACGAAUUUCUUAAACGGCUACGAUGCUCUGGGGAAGACUGAUGACCGAGAACGGUGGCGGGAAGCCUGGGCUGCUUGGGAGGACUUCUUGGAAUGGAUGCUGGCUCAAAAGCAGAAUUACGUGGAGUGGAUGCUGCUGGCCGAUCGGGCAUCAGACAAGGACUUCGAGACGAGCAGAGAGCGCCGAGAUCGGCUGCGGCUUGUUGUGGAGGCGGCCCACGGCCUGGGCCUGGAGGUGGGCGUCGACGUGCCGCUAACAUUGAGGCAGCAGCACGCGCUGAACCUUCUUCCACGGCCCUCUCGCGAUCGCGAGGAGAACGCAGCGCAGGUUCGAGACCGGGUGCGGUGGCUGCUGAGCUGCGGCUUCGACCACCUUGGAACUGAGUUGGGCAGCACAGAGUUCACGCGAGGACUGGACGCUGUGGAGCUGACCCGUCUGCUGAACGUAACACAGGAGGCCUUGGGCUCUUCGAGGCUGCUGGUGAAGAACCACUGCUCCACGCAGCAGCACGCGGAAGGCUUCCAGGAUCCAAGGCCCGAAAAGCAGGGAGAGCCCUUGAACUUCAACUAUCUCAACUACUUUGCGGAUGCCAAGAUCGUCAGCAUGCCCCACACCGUGCAAGCAUAUUCCCUGACGGACCCGGCUCCCACGUAUGGGAAUGCCAACUUUUCAGACCUGCGAGAGUGGACAGCGUUCCUGCUUCAACAGGGCCGGCCGGUGGUGUUUUAUCCAGAAACGGCGUACUGGGUCAACUACGACAUCUCCGUGCCGCUUUUCCUCGCGCCCAUCUAUUCAUCCGAUCGCCUGGAGGAUGCAGAGACAUUGGAUGCGAUGCCAGCUGCAGCGCCGCUGCUCGGCCAGCUGAACUUUGAAAGCGGGUGGCAGUGGGGCUACUGGUUGGCCAACUCGAUCCAGGCUCUGGUGGCCUGGCGAAGGCCGGCGGGCCUGGGAGGGGCAUUCGACCAGCUCUUCCGCUUCUUGCCCACCUCCACGCGGCAAGGUUUGACGGAGCUUCUCCUGGACUUCGCCCUUGCACAGCGGCGGCUGCUCGUCGAGGGCCGCAGAGCGGACGGCACACAGACGCAGCCAGCACCCGGAGCAGGGCCCGGAUCGGCCACUGGCAUUGCUUAUCUUCAAGGCUCCGAGGGUCUCAGUGACCUUGCAUCCCUGGCCGCACGCUAUCUGGGGGAGGGUGCUCCCCAGCCAGACCGACUGCAUUUCCAGGAGCUCUGGCAGGAGACACCGCCCGCCAGCGUACGGCUGCUGCGCUUGCUCGGGGAGGGCGUCGCGGCUGCGGCCUUCAGUGAAGCGCUCCGGAAAGCCCGCCGGGCUUGGUUCCAGGAAGAACUUUGGCCGCUGCUCCGGGAGAGCAAUGCCACCUUCUCAGCCCUUGCGGCUCGCUUCGCAGCGCUUCCGGCUCCAGCUUUGCCGAGCCACCGCGAGGUGGUCCAAGAUCUUGCGGAUUCGGCACAGCUGCUGGCGUUGCGUUGCUCUCAAGUGCUGACGCUCUACGAGUACGUGGCUCUCUGCGCUCCGGGAGAGUGCUUGGGGCGCCUCGCGGCUGGCCGUGCUGCCAUGCGGUCGGCACAGGUGCUGGUCUCUGCCAGGGCCGAGCACUUUGGCCUCGAGUCGCUGGGUGAGCAUGGAAAGGGGCUGGUGCUGGAGUGGUCGAGGCCGGUGCCGACUGCUUACUCGUACGGAUACCUCUGGGCGGCGCAGAGCCUGUUCUACUGGCGUAGAGAUCAGGCCAUCGUGGAGUUCAAGAUCUCAGACCCGUGCUUUGGUGCGAUCAACGAUCCGCUGGAGUUGGGUCUCUCCGGUGGCGGAGGGCCAUGGGCGAGGUGGGCGCAGUCUCUGGCGCAGACCGCGUUCUCCAACAGACUCUGGAACGCAGAGCUCUCCUCGUGCCUGGGUCCCCGGGAGGAGCCCUCGAUGCCCUCCACAGGAUCCGGCCAGGACUACGAAGACGCCGAGGAGCCUGUCGUGCUCUGA